ACCCUCGACGGGCAAGGAACCAUGUAUGCUAACUUCAUUGAUCUAGAUUUUCUACAUGAAAAUGUUAUAUUUGUUAAAUGUAACUAAAGUAAAAAAGCCCUGCAAUGACACUGGAGGGUUGAAAGUGGUUAAAAGCUCCUCAAGGAAAUGUCUUAGUCAAAAAAUAAAAUGACUCAAAUGGUCAUAAGAAGAGAAGAAGAAUUUCAAACAGUUUUGAGAAUAGCCUGACAUUUGUCGAAAUAUGUAGGAAAAAUCAUUUUAACUGUGACAUUUAGAGAAGAAUUCGAAUUUGAGAGUUGCCAACAAAGGGUGUGAUUGGGGGCUCAGCAUAUUUUCACCGUAAGGUCUCUUGGGUGGGUAGACCGUGAUUUCUGCCAGUGUUUGUGUGAGCAUGCGGCUUUCAGAGCGCUUUGUGAUACCUGACACACACUCCCUCGCAGAUCUUUAUUUAGUGUGUGCUAUAUUAAGUACUUUCCCAUUGAAAUACAGCACCAGCUGUACUGCCUAUGUGUUGUGACUGCUGUUGCAAGAGGCCGGGGUUGUACCGCCAGUCACUGCUAGCCUGUGUUUUUUUUUCUCAUGCAGACAGAUCUAAUUCAAUUAGCCCUAAUAAUCAUGCCAUUCGUUUGUGGUGAAAUACAUGCCUGCAAAGGGGGCAGAGGUUGAAUGUUUCAAUGAUAGAAGUUUUAUUUUCCCGUCCAAAUAUAUGGGCUAACUUCAUUAUCACAGGAAGGAACAUUUGCAGUUGGAGCAUCUUAGCUGUGUGAAGAAGUGCCACUUUCUCUCCUGGACUGUUGGUGACAUCUAGAAGUACUGAAAAUGGAUGUGUUUGGUGGUGCACCACGUUUUUUGGCUUAUCCAAGACCAGUGGUGGUACAAAGUGGAACUGAUGCAGUCCUCAAGUGUCAAAUUAGUGGCGAUCCAAGGCCUGCAGUCAUCUGGGAACGAAACAAUGAAAAGAUUGACCCACAAGGACAAUACAGGGUCUUUGAGGAUGGAAAUGUUUACAAUCUCAUCAUAUCUGCUGUGACGGUAGAAGACAGUGGACAGUACAUAUGCAAAGCAAAGAACAGUAUUGGGGAAACGUAUGCAGCAGCCACACUAAACGUGGAAGGUGAGGCACAAGAGAUGGAGGUACGAGAGGAAAAUAAACCACGGUUCCUUAUAAAGCCACUCUCUACCCGUGUGGGUCGUGGUGAAGAUGCUGUCUUUUCUUGUAAGCUCUGGGGAAAACCACGGCCAGAGGUUGUCUGGGAAAAAGAUGGCAAGAGACUCAAUGACAUAUUUGAAAGUACACACUUCACCGUGGGCUACCAGGAUGGUGGAUGGUUUCAGCUUAAGAUCUUUAAGACUCGUGCUCCAGAUGGUGGUGUGUAUACAUGCAAAGCAAGGAACGAAUUUGGGGAAGCAUUGGCAGGAGCUGUGUUGCUUGUUGAUGCAGGCCCAGGACAUGAGGAAGAAGGAAAUCGGAAUGGCUACACAAACGGCCACUGGAAAGCCCACCAAGGAAAACUGAGGAGUGGUAGACAAGUGCAAAACCGACUCAAGGACAAUAGUAUGACCAAGUCUACGAAAGUAAAAAUGUUUGCAGUGACAGAGGGCAAACAUGCCAAAUUCCGUUGCUUUGUGACUGGUAAACCCAAACCAGAAAUUAUUUGGAGAAAAGAUGGCAGGCUGAUACUGUCUGGAAGACGUUACUUGUUAUACGAGGACAGAGAAGGAUAUUUCACACUUAAAGUUCUGUACUGUAAGCAGAAGGAUAAUGGAGUUUAUGUUUGUGCUGCAUCAAAUACUGCAGGGCAAACCCUCAGUGCUGUACACCUCUCCGUAAAGGAGCCACCUGUGAGGUUCAAGCAGCCUCUCAUUGAUCUAGAGGUAUGGGAACGAGAUUUGGCUAUUCUUGAGUGUGAAGUUCCAGAGGACUCUGUUCCGAUCACAUGGUAUCUGGAAGAUAGGCGGUUGCAGCCAGGGGCCAAAUAUGGAAUGGAGGAGUGGGGAACAAAAAGACGAUUAACCAUCCGUGACAUCGGAGUUGAUGACGAUGGGAUUUACCUUUGCGAGAUGCCCGAUGGGGGAAGGAGCAUCGCAGAGGUAGCAGUAAAAGGUACAAUAUUGCGGAAGCUCCCAAGAAAAGUAGAUGUCUUGGAAGGUGAAAAUGCUGCCUUUUGUGUUGAAGUGGAAAAAGAAGAGAUGGACGUACACUGGUACAAGGAAGGCAUAGAGCUGCGAGAAACUCAUCAGACCAUUAUAAAGUCCUUUGGUCGAACUCACAUUCUGGUUUUUGUCAAUACAAUGCCCCAAGAUGCUGGCCUUGUGACUUUCCUUGUAGGCAGAUCCAAGACUUCCUCUCAGCUAAGAGUCAAAGCUGCCAGACACUGUCCUCCCAGUUGCCCAGUGGCUGUGCAGAUCAACACAGAGCGUGCAAAUGCUGCUCUUCUGUCAUGGGUUUCUGCUCAGGACUCACGCAAAAACCCUCCAUCGGGAUAUGUGCUUGAACGACAGGAGGUGGGCACAGGCUCACAAGAGUGGCUACAGUGCUUGACCACUGACUCUGCAACAUCUGUGGAGAUCCUUGGUGAUAGUGUACCAUGUGAAGCCGAUUAUCGAUUUCGCAUUUGCAGUGUGAACAAAUACGGAAAGAGCAACAACGUUGAGUUCCCAAGAGCAGUCCACUUAGUUCCAGUGGCGAGAAUACAAGCUCCCUUACAGGAUGCCUUGGUGCCUGAGGGAGAAGAUGCCAUCUUCUCUAUUGAACUCUCUGCUUCAGUUAUUGGUACAUGGUUCUUAAAUGGUACUCAACUUCAGGAGGAUGAACGUUUUUCGAUGCGUCGCUCCAGAACACACCAGUCUCUUCGCAUUCGAGGAGUACGUGAUACGGAUAAUGGGGCUGAGAUCACAUUUAUCGCAUAUGGUAUUCGGGAUUCUGCAGCACUGUACAUUCAAGCUCCUCUUGUGAAGUUUUCACCAAUGUCAGAAAUGGAUCGAAACAAAUUUGUAGAAAUUGGAAACCCCAUUGUGCUCUACUGUGAGCUGUCAGACCCUGCGACUCCAGUGCAUUGGUACAAGAAUGGGGUGGAAUUACAAACAGUUGAGGGUCUCCAUAUCCAAUCUGAGGGCACCAUGAGAAGAAUAGUUAUCCAGUCAGCAGAAUUAUCACACUCAGGAGUGUAUUGCUGUGAUGCCAUUGAUGACGUCAUCAGAUUCAAUGUGGAAGUAGAAGCCCCACCUGUGAGGUUUUCAGCCAUUCCAGACACUGAGAGGAACAUAACCAUCUACACUGGCUGCCCCAUUGUUUUACAAUGUCAGCUCUCAGAUCCCUCUGCCCAGGUGCACUGGUACAAAGAUGGUUCAAAGCUCCAUCCUGAAAGCGAAGUAGAUAUUCUAACCAAUGGCAAUGAGAGAAAACUGAUUGUGCAUUCGGCAGAGUUUUACCAUUCUGGGUUAUACUGCUGCAAGACAAAUGGUGACACCAUCGUGUUCAGUGUGGACAUAAAAGCUCCACCUGUGAAGUUCUCAGCAAUUCCUGACGAAAUGAGGACCAAGACGAUUGAAGCAGGCUGCCCUAUUGUACUCCAGUGUGUGGUGUCAGAUCCUGAAGCCCACGUUUGCUGGUACAAGGAAGAAAUGCAGCUCAUUUCAAAUACCGCAGUAGAAAUCCACUCAGAGGGCAACACAAGGACAUUAGUUGUUCAGUCUGCAGAGCUGUGCCACUCUGGUGUGUACAGAUGCACCACACAGGAUGAUACGAUGGAGUUUCAAGUGGCGAUCAAAGCUUUACCAGUGACGUACUCGACUAUCUUUGACGUUGAGAGAAGCAAGUCACUUGAAGCAGGCAAAGCUCUGGAGCUGGAAUGUGAGGUUGCAGACUCCACUGGGCCUGUCUGCUGGUAUAAAGAUGGUGUAAGGCUCUUCCCGCAGAAUGGCUGGGAUAUACAAAGUACUGGCAGAUUGAGAAGGCUUAUUAUCCCAUCUGCUGAGCUCUUACACUCAGGGCUAUACAGCUGUGAAACAUCUGAUGACACUAUCCACUUCAAGGUGGAUAUUAAAGCUCCAACGUUGCCGUUGUCGCCCUCGCCCUCACCAGAUGUUGUGGAGAUGCAGUCACUUGAGGCAACCUGCCCCACUGCAGCAACAUGUGAAUCCUCAGAUCCUGUUGUCCAGAAAUCAUUGCAGGGGGAUAAAGAACAUGACUCUAAUAGAGAGUCUGAUUUUCAAAUGGGAGGCAUCAAGACAACCCUUGUAAUUGAACCAACUCAUCCUUCAAACUCUGGAGCAUACUACUGUGCAACAGCAGAUGAUGUUGCUCCUUUGAUAGAAAAAAAUCAAGUGCCACCUCUGACAAAUCAGCUUGGUCCUGAUGUUGAGACGACCAAUUCUGCUGAAGAGUACUGCAAGAGUACUGCAAUUGUUCAGCAGUUUGAGAUUUCAGAUCCCAUUGCCAAAGCCUGUUGGUACAAAGAUGGAACCCAGAUCUACCCAAAAAAGGAACUUGACUCUGAAUCACAGAGCAGCAGCCAAGUCUUGACCCUCCAGUCACAUGACUUGUCUGAGAGUGAAAGAUCGGCUGAUACACAGGCAAAUGUGGAGAUGAAAGCAGAGCAAUGUCACUAUGGUGACGAGAAUGGUGAGAUAGCUGAAGCGUCUGCCCAAUACACUGUGGAUGUCAAAGCUCUGCCGGUGACAAUUACAACACUUGGUGACGCUGAGAGGAGCAAGUCUGUCGAAGCGGGUGAACCAUUAGUACUGCGAUGUGAGGUAUCAGAUCCUAACGCUCAAGUGACUUGGUACAAGGAUGGAAUAAAACUACAUGAAGCUGCUGGGCAAGAACUGGUGGCAGAGGGUUCCAUAAGAACACUGGCUGUCCAAUCAGCGAUGCCAUCUCAUGCAGGGAUUUACAGCUGCGAGACAACAGAUGAUGCGAUGCAGUUUCAUGUGGAUGUUAAAGCUCCACUUGUGAAGUUUUCAGCUAUGUCUGAGGCUGACCAGGUUGAGACAGUCACCGUGGACUAUCCUGUUGCUCUACAAUGUGAGCCAUCAGAGCCCACUGGACAAGUCGAGUGGGACAUGGAUGGAACAACGCUCCUACCUCAAAGUGGAAUAGACUUCCAAUCGGAGGGAAUUGUGAGGAGUCUAGUUGUCCCAUCAGCAGAGCUGACUCACACCGAUGUACACUGCUGUGAGUCAAACAAUGAUGACACCGAGUUUGCAGUGAAAGUGGAAGCACUACCUGUGAAGUUCUCGGAGCUUCAAGAGACUGACAAGAACAAAUCCAUCCAAGAGGGCGCUACCAUUGUCCUCAGCUGUGAACUCGCACUUGAUCCCUCUGCUCAUGUGGACUGGUACAAGGAUGGUAUGGAACUCCUGCCACAAGACAAUGUAGAGAUACAGUCAGAUGGUUUAACAAGAACGUUACUCAUCCACUCAGCUGAAAGCAAACAUGGUGGCACCUACGAAUGUUCAACAUCAGAUGACACCGUCACAUUUAAAGUGGACGUACAAGGCCGAUCGCCACAGAUCAUGCCGAUCCCCUCCUCAGAGCAAUGCAAGAGGAUUGCAUUUGGUUUUCCAAUUAUGCUCCAGUGUGUGGUCUCAGAGCCUGUUGCACAGGUUUCCUGGUUUAAAGAUGGGGUGGAGCUUUUUUGUAAAACUGGCCUUGAUAUGAAGAGAGACGGAAGCUUCAGGAAGUUAAUUAUUCAUUCUGCUAAGGUCUCUGACUCUGGCCUUUACAGCUGUAGCCUCGCCAAUGAUGUUGUGACAUUCCAUGUGGACGUUGAAGCUCCUCCUGUGAGGUUUUCAGCGCUUCCAGAGAUUGCAACACACACAUUUGUUGAGGCAGGCUGCCCAAUUAAGCAGCUCUGUGAAGCGUCAGAGCCAACUGCCCAAGUCGAUUGGCACAAGGAUGAAGAAAAGCCACUUCCAAAGAGUCGAUAUGAAAUUGAAAUAAGCGAAAAUCUAAGAGAGCUUGCCGUUGAAUCAGCAGAAGUCAGACACUCUGGGGUGCGCAACUGUGAAGCUACAGAUGACCAUAUAGAAUUUAAGGUGGAUGUUACAGCUGUUCCAGAGGCUGGGGGGAACAAGUGUGUUGAAGCAGGCAGCCUGACCAAACUGCAGAUCUCAGACCCUACAAACAACACCUGCUCGUAUGAGGACGGAGUAAAACUCUUGCCGAAAUUGGGAAUAAACAUUGAUUCAGAGAGCAGUGAGAGGACACUUGUUAUGAAGUCGCCCACAUCUUCAUACGCUGAGGUGUACAGCUGUAAAAUUGAUGAUGAAUCAGAUUCAGAUUCCAACAGUUUCGUUGCGGAGGUGAAAGCACCACCGGUGACAUUUGUGGAUAUCCCAGAAGAAGAACUUUUCAAGAGUGUUGUCGAAAAAGAACAGCUUGUUCUGUCAUGUGAAGUGUCCAGAGACGAUGCCAUUGUCCAGUGGUAUAAAGAUGGAGCUGAAAUGCAACCAAGCAUUAAAGUUACAAUGGAAGCAGAGAGUACCAGAAGAAAUCUGACUAUUCAUUCAGCUCAACUGUCAGACGCAGGCACAUACACAUGCCGUGUAGGAGACCAUGUUUUACUCUUCAAGGUUACCAUACGAGAACCUCCAGUGAUGAUAAUCUACCCUAAGGAAGAUGUCCACCUUGACCGCCACGUCCCAGAUGAAAUCAUUCUGAGUUGUGAACUCUCUCGUAUCAGUGGUGUUGUCAGCUGGUACAAAGAUGGCCAGAAGCUGCAAGACAGUGAGAACAUCAAACUCAAGAUUGAAGGCCCUUACCGACGACUAAAGAUCCUUUCUAGUGGAGUCGAAGAUUCUGGAGAAUAUGUCUGUGAUACAGCCGACGAUUCAAUAUUCUUUCAUCUAAGCAUUACAGAACCUCCAGUGCGGAUUGUAUCCCCAAGCCAGUCGCAAAUGGAACUUUGUCAACAAACCUCAGAGAGGAUGGUACUGAGCUGUGAGAUCUCACGGCCCAAUGCGGUGGUGCGCUGGUAUCGAGAUGGACUCGAAGUGGAGGAAAAUGAUAACCUUAUUCUGGAGGUGGAUGGUGUCUACAGAAGACUCAUCAUACCUGAAACUACUGUCAAAGAUUCUGCAGAAUAUGUAUGCGAUACAGCAGAUGAUUCCGUGACCUUCUUUGUGAACAUAGCAGAGCCCCCUGUCCGCUUCAUACGUCCAAGGAAGAUGGCGAGUAGAGUAGAGAAAGUGGCUGGGGAGACUCUGGUACUUGACUGUGAAGUUUCAAGAUCAAAUGCUGAAGUCACCUGGAAGAAAAAUGGGGAGGAAGUAGAAGACUCCAGAAAUAUCACCAUCCUUGAAGAUGGCGCCAUGCAUCAAUUAACCAUCCACUCUCUCACAGUGAAGGAUGCUGGGCAAUAUGUCUGUGAUGCAAAAGAUGAUGUGAUGGAUUUCCAAGUAAAAGUGAAAGAAUUGCCUGUAAAAAUUCUUGGAAAACCUGAGGCAAAAACAGAAAAGGAGUUCUUAGUUACUGAUGACAUUAUUCUUGUGUGCGAGCUCUCACGAUCCAAUGUCUCAGUCACUUGGUACAAAGAUAAUGAGCUUAUUGACGACACUGAGCGAUACUGUAUUGAGGAGCAAGGUGUCUUCCGAUCACUGGUUGUCCUAAAUGCUGGGCUCCAGGAUUCAGGAGAGUAUGCUUGCGAUGCAGUGGAUGAUAAGAUGGUCUUCCAUAUCACAGUCAAAGAGCCUCCAGUACAAAUCAUUGGGAACUCGGGCCACCCAGAGCAUCACAUCCUGGCCGCAGGAGAUGACCUUAUUUUGGAGUGCGAGGUAUCUCGGUCAGAUGCCACUGUUCAGUGGUUAUGGAAUGGCGAGAUACUGAAACCAGAUCCCCGUAUCAAAAUUGACAGCUAUGACGUUGUGAGAAAGCUUGUCGUCUCUGGACUUCAACCCUCAGACUCUGGAAAAUACAUCUGUGAUGCCACUGAUGACCAAAUGAUAACAAUUGUUGAGGUGCAAGAGCCUCCGGCCAAGUUUGUGAAUAAACAAGCAAAUAACAACAUCUUGGCCUAUGAAAAUGAGAGUGUUACAUUGUGUGCCAUUGUGAACAAUGAAAGAGCUAAUGUUCGGUGGUUGAAAGAUGGCCAACUACUGAACGAGGACAACAUUCACAUUUCCAGUGAGGGUAAUACCCACAAGCUCACUAUUAAUCCUCUGCAGCUGUCAAAUUCUGGAGAAUAUGUCUGUGACGUAAACACGGACGAGAUGUAUUUCAGUCUUUUAGUCAAAGAAAUGAAGGUGAAAUUUAUUAGACCUUUGGAGAACACUGUGUGUAUAAAGGGCCGCAGCCUCACUCUACGAUGCGAGAUCAAUAAACCCAAAGGAGAUGUGCAGUGGCUGAAAGAUGGCCAGGAGAUCUCUCCAAACCGCCGGCACACAAUACGGGCACAAGGUCGAGAGCGAAGCUUCACCAUCCAUCAAAUAGUGGAAGAAGAUGCUGGAGAAUAUGUCUGUGAGUCCACAGAUGACAGGACGUCCUCUACUGUCAUUGUGGAAACUCCUCGUGUUGUUGAGUUCAUAGCAGAGGUUCGUAACAUCACAGUACGAGAGGGAGAAGAUGCCGUUUUUAAGUGUGUGGUUUCACCGGAAGAUACUCAGUUGGUGUGGCGCUUAAAUGGCAAGCAAAUAGCUCAAAAUGAGCGCACCGUCAUUUCAAGCAAUGGACUGUGCCACAUGCUCUGCAUCCACAACUGCCUGGUUUCAGAUAGCGGCAAAGUGACAGCUGAUGCCGAGGGUUUGGUAUCUGAAGCAGAACUCCACGUUCAAGAGCAACAGGUGCUGUUCACCAAGACAAUGGUGCCAGUAGUUGCUGAAGAAUACAGUGAGGCAGUUUUAGAGGUGGAGGUGAGUCUGGAAUCAGAGGAGAUACAGUGGAUGAGACAAGGGGUGCUGAUCCACCCUGGAGCAAAGUAUACCCUUAAACACAAGGGUCGAAAACACUCUCUCACCAUACACAAAGUGGCCAUGUCUGACCGGGGCACCUACAGCUGUGAAACCCUCCACGAUCGCACGCAAGCACAGCUAACAGUGGAACCUCGAAAAGUCACUCUCAAGAGGGGACUGGUUGACAUUACCACCACAGAGAGAGAAACGGCGUCUUUUGAAGUUGAGCUCUCACAUCCCAAUGUCCCAGGCACUUGGAUGAGAAAUGGAAUUAAGCUUAAGCCGACAAGUCACUUCCGUAUUAGUGCCAAAGGACAAGUCCACAGCCUCAUCAUCUAUAACCUAUCAGUGGAAGACACUGGCACCUUUACAUUCUCUGUAGAGAAUCUGAAAACAUCUGCAAGGCUUGUUGUCAAAGAGCCCCCAGUGACCAUUUUCAGGAAACUGGAGGACCAGAAAUUCUCUGAAGCAGCAGUGAUCUCUCUUGAGUGUGAGCUGUCGAGACACAAUGUCGAUGUAAAAUGGUUCAAGAAUGGGGUUGAAAUGAAGCCCAGCAAGGAAGUGCGCAUUUAUGCAAUGGGUAGAAAAAGGUUUCUUCAGAUCAUUAAAUGCCACGUCAGUGAUUCUGGCACGUACACCUGCGAUGCUGGAGAGGCCACCACAUUCUGCACUGUGGAGGUCUAUGAGCGUGAGCUAUUGAUCCUGCAGGGCCUCGAGGAUUUGGACAUCCAGGAAGACGAGAAUGCCGUGUUUGUGUGUGAGAUCACGGUGGACGACGUGCCAGGGGAAUGGUUCAAAAACGGGGAGAGGAUACAACCCACCAGCACUGUCAAGAUCCGCCAGGAAGGGACCAAACAUUUUCUCCUUAUGUGUAAUGUGCGACCAGAGGAUUCUGGGGAGAUCAAAUUUGUCGCCAGACAUGUUGAAUCUAUUGCUUACCUGGAGGUGGAAGAGGUUCCUAUCAACAUUGUGAAACCUCUGCAGGAUAAGACCGUCCUGGAGAAGACCCGAGUGAUCCUGGAUUGCACUGUGUCAAACUCCAGAUGUAGCAUCCGCUGGUACAAAGGACCCAAUGUCAUACUGCCCUCUGAGCGCUUUGAGAUCAGCAGCGAAGGCUGUUAUCGCAAACUGAUCAUCCAGCAUGUGCUGCUGGAUGAUGAUGGCACAUACAGUGUCCAGGUUGGCGAGUGUACCUGCUCUGCAAAGCUGACAGUGGAGGCCCAGUCCUUGUUGAUGGUCAGAGAGCUGAAAGACGUGGAGGUUGCGGCCCCCAAUGAAGCCAGCUUCGAGUGUGAAGUGUCUGCUCCCGUCGUCAAAGCUCCCGUGUGGAGUUUGAAUGGCGAGGCCUUGCAGCCCAGCUCUCGUGUGCGCCUGGAGAAGAUGGGCACAGUCCACAGGCUAACACUCAGACAAACCUCCACGGACAUGAGUGGAGUGGUGGAGUUCACGUCAGGCAAAGCGAAGAGCAGCGCUCAGCUUCGGGUGCUGAGUGACGCCUAAGCGACUUGAAUCGUCUGUCUGUCUGUCUGACUGCUGCCACACAGACAUGGAUCCAUUGCUCUUCUGACGCUGUCACGUUGUGACACUGAUGUCGCUUAUUAUAUUUCUACAUGCAGUCUACAAAUGUGGUUAAAACAGGGUUUGUCAUGAAUUGUCUUGCAGUUCAGUUAAAGUUUAGGGUUUCUCUGUGACUCACUUUUAUGUAAACAGAGGUUUUUGUUUUUUUCUCCGUUCAUUUAAAAUGAUGUUGUUGUGUGCAAAGAAAGUGUCAAAGCAGUUUCUAUUUCAUGAUAUGAAAAAUGCAGUUGGGUUGUAAAUAAUGUUCCGUUUGGAAGUGUUUCGACUGUAACCGGAAAUGAAUGUGUUUGGGUUUUUUUUUUGGUAUUCACCCGUUCAUUCAAAGUACAGCUACAGUAUGUGCAUCAUUAUUUUGUAAAAUUCAAAGCACACAUUUAGAGUGAAUUCAGGCUACCCAUAUUUAUAUAUCACAUUUUCCAGAUGAUUUGCCCCAGCUAAAUAUGCUGAAUUAUUAUUUUUACACAAUAUAAUUAACUCCCUAUUACGUCCCCAUGUAUCAAAGAUUAGUUUUUCAUGGCUGUUGUGACAUUAAUUCAGAUUCUUUUAGGUCUGAAGAGCAGUUGACACCGGUCAAGAAAUGCCUCUAUUUCCUAUCUAUUUUCAUCAUUAGUCCGUUGUAUAAAAAUAGUUUUUUUUUGUAUAUCUUUUAAAACUUUGAAUGAAAAAAAACAAAUAAAGUCUUUUAGAAAGUGGCUUGUAAUGUAAACACAUUGGGCCAAAAAAAUCAAGUAAUAUAACAAAGAAAUAGAACCCAGAGAUUACUUGAUCAACUUGAUAACCAGGACGUGAUUGGUUAGCUGAUGGUGAAUGAGUGGUUUUCGUAUGAAACUUGUGCCAUAUUCCAUUUCUGUUUUUUCCAUUUGAUUGUUUCCACCUCUGCUAUGUUGUGCUGAGCGUUAGGUAUGUGAGGGAAACAAAAAAAAACAACUGUAGUGAAAUAUGACCUGUUUCAAUAAAACAUGCUUUAUUGAUGCAA